GAAACGACCUGUUACCAUAUUAUUUUGUUAACUGCAAACUUAAACAUUUCAUCAAUGUGCUAUAUAACAAAAUAUCAGAGUGAAAGAUUUAUUAGAAAUUACUCCUGUGAUGCAGAAGCCCUUGCCGAAGUGAUGAUAGCCGAGUACCUCGCCCCGCUUCGCGCCGAGGCCAAUUGUUCGACUGGAAUCACGCUUCAUCGAAAAGGCACCGUGACACUAGCUGUACUUGAAAUACUUUUACCGAUAGCUGCUGGGUGAACACACAACAUGAGAGUUUCUGAUACACGCCAGCCCUCCACUACUUCACAAUGCUGAGGAUAAAAUUCAAGUCUGCAAUGCUAGUGUUCUUUGGGGCGUUUACCAUGUUGGUUCUGGACCGUGUUUUACUGAAUGGCCUGCUGUGGAGAACACACACUACAGCGAGAAUAGCUAACCCUGGAGGGGUAGCUGACCAGGAUUCGGGUACGGUCGAUGUAACCAAGACUGGAACUCCCUUCCAUCAGCUUCCUAAUGCAGAAUCAGUGCACAUGAAUUUGAAGGAAACAAAGAAAGUUCAGUGGAAUGCAAAAUCAUUAAGUAUUAAUUCGGAUAAAGCAAAAAUAGUUCAGUGGGAUAGAGAUCGCUGGGUCAAUGUACAAAAGGUUUGUGAUGGGAAUUACUCUUUUGAGAAAGCUACCCUGCGGACUUCGUUUGGAAGGACGCCGAUUUUCAUCCACGAUAUUAAAGAUGACAUGCACGUUUCGGGACACCUAAAGCGAUAUGGAAUGUGGGAUACCAAAAAUGUGAACGCGGUUGUGGAACAGCUGAAAAGAGACCCUGACCUGGGUUUGUUGGAUUUAGGGGCCCAGUUGGGUACACAUACACUUGUAGCAUCCCUGCUUGGACGCAACGUUGUAGCCGUGGAUCCAUUGCAGUCUAAUGUACUGCGGUUGUGUAAAUCUCUAGAAGCUGGUAAGUUUACAAACAAUGUGACAGUUGUCUUCAAUGCAAUCUCAGACGAUUACAGAAAGAUAUCUUUUGUCUUGGACAAAGGUAACCUCGGAGGUACACGUAUAACAUCCAGUGGAACCAAGUUGAAUGAUUCGAAAUCUGACAGUGCUGAUUCUUUGUAUACAGUUCUUCUGGACGAUCUCCUGCCGCUUGUAACAUUCAAAAAGGCUGUUAUGAAGUUGGACGUGGAGACACACGAAUUGCAGGUCAUCAAGGGAGGGACGCAGUUUUUCAAACAAAUAGACGUUACAAGCAUUUUGAUGGAAUGGAUGUUUCACAAAAAUGACGAAGGACAACAACUAAAAGUACUUGUGAUGAAUUUAGGAUUUAAGCCGUUUGAUCCACAAACACACAAAAUGUGUAACGACAAUCAUAAAACGUGGCCAGACGAUGUUAUGUGGUUGAAACAGUGAACGUGUACGUUAAACGUGUAUGUACAGUGUAUAAUACAUUGUAGGGGGGGGGGGGGGGGGGGGGGGAGAGCAAAACGAUACAACCAGACUCAGUUGAUGUAAAUUGUGUCAUCCAAAAGUAGCAAAUCAAAACGUAAAAUACCUUCUUCGCACUUUAUACUCCUUCACACACCUGUUCAUAAUACUUUCUUGUAUCAAUACUAAUUCAGUACAUAACAUCUUCUCCUUUAUCUUUUUCUUCUUCUUCUCUAGUAUAUGUUGGGUUCGAUGAACGGUCUCUUUAAUAAGCUGCUAUAUAAUAAAAAAGGGAUGUGUGUGUGUGUGUGUGGGGGGGGGGGGGAUAUUAAUUAACAUGUUUUUUAGUAAUCAUUGUCUUCAAAUUCAUAUUUGGCCAAACUACUGUAUUGAUCAUUACAGCGUUUCUUAAAACAAAAACUGGAAUGUACACUGUAAGAGUGACGUCAGUAUUACACCAAUUCUUAAAAUAAACGUGUACAUACCCUUCUGGAGGCGGGGGCCUAGCGACGUCAGUAUUGCAUCAGUCAUUUCUUAAAAUAAACGUGUACACACCAUUCGGGAGGCGGGGCCUAGUGACGUCAGUAUUGCAUCAGUACAUGUACACACCCUUCUGGAGGCGGGGCCUAGUGACGUCAGUAUGGCAUCAUCUCCUUAUUACGCAGAUUGGCGGCCAUCUUGGAUGAUGCAAUAGUGAAAUCGAUAUACCCUAUAGACAGGCCCUUACUACUCUGAGGUCGUGCAAUAGUGUAUUUACUCAUAUGCAAAUUUGCUCUUUAUUCCAAUUCGACACUUAGCUAAACUCUAUACGAGUAUAUUGUAAUUCACUUGAGAUUCUGAAGGUGUCAUUGCGGUUUUCACUGCUAAUGAUGAAAAAUAUGUUACACCCCCAAGAACUUUGAUAUUAAAAUAAAACUACAUUAUGGGAAAAAAGUGUAAGAAGGAAACAAAAGAGCGACAUAGGAAAGAGGGAAGCAUGCAAAUGGACAUUGUAAUUUGUCUUUGGUUUGACCCAACCCCCGUCAAACUUACACAAAAAUAUUCGUGUCUAUUCAGAAAUUAUGAAGCCAUUUUUAACGAUAAUCCACCAUGAUGAUUACCCGUCUUUUGCCUAUAACUCUUUUCUUGAGUUGAUCCAACUGCAAAUGCAGCACAUACUUUAAUAUAAUGCCAAAUGUGGGAAUUAGAUGACCCCAGAGAAUGCAAAGCACCUUCAACAAAUAAACUCUAUAUCAUGCUAUGCAUUUUGUUCAUAGACGUAGAGCACAUUGUCUUAUUAUGGCAAAUAACUUUAAGAAAAUCACACUAAAUCUUGACAAAGGAGAAUAUGUUUAUUUUUUUCUGUGACGUAUCAUACAUCAUUCGCGUGUAAUUGCCCUUAAGCCAUAUGGACUGUUAAACCUAUACUCAUACAAAUGAUACAAUUUAGUUUCAUCGCUGUAUAUUCCGAUUUUAUUCCAAUCGAUAACGUGUUAUUUAUUUAUAAGCAUAUUCCAUGAGUCCUGGCCAUUUUUCCUAACCCAUUACCAUUAGCUUGAAUAGGAGCAAUAAAGCAUUUUAUAACAAUUGUUUACCUCAAGACAAUGGUUUUUGUUAGUUUUUGUUUAUGUUUAUACUGUCACCAUGGUAUUAUUAUCGAUGAAUGCUUUAUUUUACAAUGCUAAACAAGUAGUUUCUUUUCAACGA